AUGUACGCACCUAAAGAACAGCUUGACAAAAUUGCAAUUGGAUUGGGUGUUAUAAAUAUUUCAAAAAAUGCUAGCGAUUUUUAUCUACUUCCAUUAGAAAAGUGCCAACAAGAAAAGACUAUGCCUAAUGUUGUUUUGAAUGUUGGGGAUUUACAAAACAAAAAAAUAAAUGUUGUGUUAAAACCAAAACAAUAUAUGGAGUUAUAUGAAGAAGAACAUGGAGAUGAGGUAUAGUGAUAGGAAGGGAUCAAAGAAAUCUCUUAGUGAAUGGAAGUCGAACGUCCCUUGGAGAGGAUUGAAAUGUAGAGUGGGUGGCCGUUCUAGGAUAGAAAAUACG